UAAACAUUAACUCUCGCAGUGAACAGAUAGACUCAUUAACCCGGGGAGACAACUCUCGUGUGGCUUGCAGUCCAGGCGUCAAGUGCAAGUGCUCGACCUUGGCAGCAGUUGAAGACACCCAUGCAGGACUAUAAGCAUGGCACCAUGGAUUGUCUCCGUGCUUUGUAGUCUGGUAAUGCUGACUCUGGCCUAUGUCACAGGCUCCCAUGAAUGCUCGGUGAACUGCCUCGCCUGCAGCGCCGACGGUAGUUGUGUGAGUUGUUUGGCGGGGUACUACGGUGUUAACUGCACACCCUGCAACCCUGACUGCAACAACAACAACUCCGCGUGUCUGUUUGACCUGUGCGCUGAAGGAUGUGUGAAAGGGUUGUACGGGUACACCUGCGACAAGGACUGCCGACAGUGCCAGCACGGCUGUGACCAGUGGAAGGGGAUAUGCCUGGACCCGUAUACACCCACUACCCAGUACUACCUAGCUGGCAAGGAGCAUCUUCCUCUUCACAUGAGUUACAAAAUCAUGAUCGGUAUUAUGUCCAUAGCCGGAGCGGGCAUUCUCUGUACCAUCUGUGUGUUCGUGAAGGAAAAGAGGUUUCGAUACACCACAUUCCACACUGUGUUUCGUCGGCCAAGACAGCGGCCUUUACGUAUGAGACGCAUUCCUAGAAAUAACAGUACCCGUGAAACAUUCAUCUGGGAAACGGUGCCUGACAAUAUAACGGUGCUGUCAACAGAAAAUAUGACAUCUUGCGACAUUGCAACGCAAUCACUGACUUCUUCCAAUCAUAUCUCAAGUACCCUUAAAUCUGAAAUUAUCCCGCUUAAUACCAAACAAACUGUACGGAUCCUUAUCUCACCACCAUCACCGUGUAAAUCACGUGUUUUGGAGCAGGCAGACUUCCCUCCCACCUAUGUCUCCUUGUUUCCUUAAUUUGUUUCUAGUUCAGAGUACCUUUCGUUCCACUGUGCUUUGAAAUAUAUAGUAUUGUUGUCAUGCAGACCUUACUUCUUCCGAUACCCUGUGCUCUGGUUUCCAUACUCAACAUGGUAUGUGCUACUGUUUCUAAAACGAGACCUAAGCCCUUUCUACACAUUAUAUUGCUUCCUCGAAUUGGUCUUGGUGUCAAGCCUCCACUCUACACACCUUGUUCGAUAUCAGGGCAACUGCUUUCAGGAUAUUGCCCAAGCCAUUUGCCAAUUUGGAAAACGGAACCGCCAUAUUCAUGAUGAAACAAUAAUGAAAUAAUUCGACCCAUACUCCAAUGAUGACGAAGAAUAGCUCUUUAAAUUUAUAGGUGUCCAUUGUGAGCAAUGCACCUCAAAUAUAUAUUUGCCAUAUUGCUGUUUGUUACCUCUGACACUUUCUGACUAUUUCAGUUUGACUUAACCCCCCAAAAGCCAACAAUAACGUGGCAUUAAAUUUAAUUUACAUGGGCUUUGAAAAUACAAAAGCCCCAAAUACUUAACUGCUGAGGGGCAUCUCAGACAGUUCAUCAUUGGAAAUCAAUAAACAUUAUUUUUUUAGGCGCAUAUUUAUAUUUCAUACAUAGUAAGUAGCUUCAAGUUUCUUGUACCAGUCGUCAUGGAAUCUAUAUGUUCUUACAAAACAUUGCCAGUCACAUGUUGCUCUUCACAACAGCUGUCGGAAUGAGUGGUGAUUAAAUGGAUAUAAUUAUUACAAUAACACGUCAUUAUUUUUCAAUUCAACUUCAAUUUAGAAGCUCAAAAUACUUUCUUUUGCCUUCAGUUU